CUCCGGGGCUGUGCCCCUUCUCUCAAAGUGUUAUAUCAUUUUGUAGAUUUUAGGAAGUGUGAUGGCUGCUUCGUUUUCGCCCUUGGUAGAGAAGGGCGAUCUCGUAUUUAUCUUCCUUGCCUAACCAGUCGCUGGCGAAGGCGUUUCUUUAUUGUCUAUCAUAAAUUUGCUUUUCUUCAUUUUUCGGAUGGUUUUUCUUCUCAUCCAGUUCGGAGCUGUUCUUCUCCUUUAAGUUUAUCCGAGUCAAAACUUGCUUUUGACAUAUCUUCUUGUAGUAUUGUGUCUCGUCCCAUUUUAGAUGUCUUGGUUAAUAGUCAUCUUCGGAGUCGAUGGUUUCCUUUGGAGGAUCCUCCUCGAGGCUUGGCGGAUCUUUGCUACUCUUUUGUUCAAGAUUUGGACGUUCCGAUGGGUGGUCCUGACGUUCCUGUCGCCAACGUUAUUCCUGGCGACAUUGUCGUGGAUGGAGCUCCUGUUGAUAUCCCCCUAGCUUCCGCCGAGGUAGCGUUGCCUGAGGUUAUUGUUAUAAAUGAUGAUGAUGGUGAUGACUCGGCUGUUCCAGUCGGCGACGAGGCGAUUCCGUCACUACUUCCCCCUCUAGCAUCAUCUAUCGUUUCGGGGGGAGUUGGGGGUGUGGCCUCAGAGGGGCCUGUUGUUGCUGAUUCGGGAGAGAUUUCUCUAGGUCGAGACCCGGAUUCUCCGUCUAGAAAAAGACGUCGAGUUGUCGAUGAUUCUCCAACGAGGGAGAGUUUUCCUGGAAGCUCUUCUUUUGCUCCAGACUUGGUUCAAUGGGUCGAAGGUCAGGAUCCUGCCAGUUUGCUGAAUCCGAGAGUGCUAGCGGAAUAUAUCCGGACUUUGGCGAUUCCUGAUGAUGUCACGUGGUUCUGUGGUAGGCCGGGUCAGGAGCUUUCCGAUCUGGCUUGUUUUCAUGGUUUCUCUGCCCUUCAAUCUGUUCUGGUAUUGAACGACCGCCGACAGUGUGCCGAGGAGGAGGUCGAGCGUCUGUCUGCUCUUUUGGCGACUUCCGAGUCUGAAAGGGCGAAAUUGAAGGCCUCUUUGGAAGAGCAUGAUUCCCUUCUGGCGCAGCUCAAGGCGCAGGAUGCGAUUAAUGAUCGCCAAGUGAAAGUGAUUGAGAAAAAGACCGAUGACUUGACUCAAGAGAUUGAGGAGCUCAUUCGGAUCAAUUCCCUUGUUGGUGGGGAGAGGGAUAGUCUUAGAUCGGAGGUUGAAGGUCUUCACAUCCGUCUGCUAGAUACGAAGGCUUUUUACUCUGCUCUGAUAAGCGAGUAUCGCCUUGCGAUUGGGAAGAAGCUUCUGGAGCAGAAUCCCAAUAUUGAUCUUUCUGGGGUUAACGGGUUGGAUCCCCAGGCCAUCGCCCGUGAUCUCCUCGUCAAGAUUUCUAAAGACCGUGUCUAGUAGUUUUCU